ACUUGUCUUUACAAUCACAGCAUGUGCACACAGAAAAGGGGAAAAAGCGUGAAGACUACGCACAUGUUUCCAUUCCUAAAUCUUAAACCAAGACAAUUUAACCUCGUAAACCCCAAAUGCACAAAACAAACCCCUUUUCGUAUAACGCGUCUCGUCGUUCAAAAACCAUUAUCGCACUCAUACACAUACACAGCCCAGCCAACUCUCUGUCUCUGUCAUUUCCUUUUCAAGGCCUCUGUUUCCCCCAUCCCCUUGCCCUAAUCUCUCUCUCUCUCUCUAUCUAUAUACAUAUAUAUACAUAUAUUUAUACAAACAACUACAGGUAUUGGUGGUGGUGAUGGCGGUGACAAUGCAUGUCAAAUCGGACUCGGAGGUGACGAGCAUAGACGCGUCGUCGCCUCCGCGAUCGCCACGGCGGCCGAUGUACUACGUGCAGUCGCCGUCGCAGCACGAUGUGGAGAAGAUGUCUUACGGUUCGAGCCCCUUCGCUUCUCCGCACCACUACCACUGCUCUCCGAUCCACCACUCUCGCGAGUCCUCUACCUCUCGCUUUUCCGCCUCCCUCAAGAACCCCGCCGCCUGGAAGCGGUUGCAGCGGCGGCACCACGACGGCGACGAGGACGAUGGUGGUGGUAGUGAUGAUGAUGAUGAUGAGGGGGAUGGUGAGGGGGACGGUGGUCAGGUUAUGAGGUUCUACGUGGUUUGCUUUGUGUUGUCGUUCGUGGCGCUGUUUACGAUCUUCUCUUUGAUUUUGUUGGCUGCUAGCUCUCCUUACAAGCCUAAAAUCUUUGUCAAGAGCAUGGUGUUCCAGAACUUCGACAUUCAGGCGGGAAUGGAUCAGACAGGAGUACCGACUGAUAUGCUGACUCUGAAUUCAACGGUCAGGAUUUUUUACAGGAACCCGGCGACUUUCUUCGGAGUUCAUGUGACGUCUACUCCACUUGAGCUUCACUAUUACCAGCUCAAGCUUGCUACUGGAUAUAUGAAAAAGUUCUAUCAAUCAAGGAAGAGUCAGCGGAUGGUAAUGACUCUGGUUUUGGGACAUCAAGUGCCGUUGUAUGGUGGUAUUCCACUUCUUAGUGGGGCUAUUAGUCACCUCGAGAGUGUAUCAGUGCCUCUUAAUCUGACGUUUGUGAUGAGGUCAAGAGCCUACAUCUUGGGAAGGCUGGUUAAGCCCAAGUUUUACAGGAGUAUCAUAUGUGGAGUCGUUUUACAAGGCAACCGACUUGGCAAGCAUCUCAAUUUGACAAACUCUUGCAUCUAUAAUGAUUGAUAAUACACUUUUGAUAGUGUGGAUGUAGUUUAGGCAUUUGUAAUGGGCAGCUUAUUAUUUUUAGAAUGAGUGCCUUUUGAAUCGGUUGUAAUUGCCUCGUGGUAUUCGUAAGGUUUAUGAUAGAUUAUUGGCUUGCAUGAAAUGUACUUGAGAUUUUUGGGUAGUUCUGAAAAAAAAUAGUGUAAUUUUGAUUGUAGCUUGAUUUAUGAAGAAUGUAAUAUUGACAUGCCCCGUACUAAUGAAGUUUUUGUGUAAAAUGAGGUUACUUGUGUG